CUCUCCCUUCCUCAGUUCAUUCAUUGCUUCACCCUGAGCUGCUGUGGAGACUCACUUUCAUAUCACGCUGGGAAGAAGAGGUUUUAAACCGGGACCAUGAGGGGCUCCUGCUGCCCGAGAAACACGCGGGACAGGGCAGUUUGUAUGACAAACUGCCCAACACUCAUUGUGACUGUAGGACUUCCAGCCCGAGGGAAGACUUACAUUUCGAAGAAACUCACUCGCUACUUAAACUGGAUAGGUGUGCCGACCAAAGAGUUCAACGUUGGCCAGUACCGGAGGGAGUGUCUGAAGAUCUACAAGUCCUUUGAGUUUUUCCGUCCAGAUAAUGAAGAGGGCUUAAAAAUCAGACGUCAGUGUGCGAUGGCAGCACUUAAUGAUGUUCGGCAGUACCUGAGUGUUGAAGGAGGACAGGUGGCGGUCUUUGAUGCCACAAAUACAACAAGAGAAAGAAGAGGAACCAUCAUCAAGUUCGCUGAGCAGAAUGGUUUCAAGGUGUUUUUUGUGGAGUCCGUGUGUGAGGACCCAGAUGUCAUUGCACAAAAUAUAGUGCAAGUGAAGUUGGGCAGCCCAGACUACAUUCACUGCAACACAGAGGAAGCCAUUGAGGACUUCAUGAAGAGAAUCAAGUGCUAUGAGUCCUCCUACCAGCCUCUGGAUGAGGUUCUGGACAGGGACCUAUCUUACAUAAAGAUCAUGGACGUGGGUCGUCGUUACCUGGUGAACCGCGUCCUCGACCACAUCCAAAGCCGAAUUGUCUACUACCUGAUGAACAUCCAUAUCACACCACGCUCUAUCUACCUGUGUCGCCACGGCGAGAGCGACCUCAACAUCAAGGGACGCAUUGGAGGGGACUCUGGUUUGUCUGCCAGAGGAACAGAGUUUGCAAAAAGUCUGAGGAAAUUCAUCCAGGAUCAGAACAUCAAAGACCUGAAGGUGUGGACGAGCCAGAUGAAGAGAACAAUCCAGACAGCAGAGUGCCUGGGAGUGCCGUAUGAACAGUGGAAGUCUCUCAACGAAAUAGACGCUGGUGUGUGCGAGGAAAUGAUGUACGAGGAGAUUCAAGAGCAUUACCCUCUGGAGUUUGCACUGAGAGACCAAGACAAGUACCGCUAUCGCUACCCUAAAGGAGAGUCAUAUGAAGACCUGGUGCAGCGGCUGGAACCUGUGAUCAUGGAGCUGGAGAGACAGGAGAACAUUUUGGUAGUUUGUCACCAAGCUGUGAUGCGCUGUCUUCUUGCAUAUUUCCUGGACAAGACUGCAGAUGAAUUGCCUUAUCUUAAGUGCCCUUUGCACACGGUGUUGAAGUUGACCCCCAUGGCAUAUG